GUGUCCGAGAAGCAAGCGGAGGAGAGCCACCGGCAGGACAGCGCCAACCUGCUCAUCUUCAUCCUGCUGCUCACCCUCACCAUUCUCACCAUCUGGCUCUUCAAGCACCGCCGAGCCCGCUUCCUGCACGAAACCGGCCUGGCUAUGAUUUAUGGUCUUUUGGUGGGCCUUGUGCUUCGGUAUGGCAUUCAUGUUCCAAGUGACGUAAAUAACGUAACCCUGAGCUGUGGAGUGCCAUCAAGUCCAACUACCUUAUUGGUAAACGUUAGUGGAAAAUUUUACGAGUAUACGCUGAAAGGAGAGAUUAGUUCACAUGAACUCAAUAACGUUCAAGAUAAUGAAAUGCUUCGAAAGGUUACUUUUGAUCCAGAAGUAUUUUUCAACAUAUUACUUCCUCCUAUCAUAUUUUAUGCAGGUUACAGUUUGAAAAGGAGACAUUUCUUUCGAAACCUUGGGUCUAUCCUAGCAUAUGCUUUUCUUGGGACAGCAAUUUCUUGUUUUGUCAUUGGGUCAAUAAUGUAUGGCUGUGUAACACUGAUGAAAGUAACUGGACAACUUGCAGGGGAUUUCUACUUUACUGAUUGCUUGCUAUUUGGCGCCAUUGUAUCAGCAACUGAUCCAGUGACUGUUCUUGCCAUAUUUCAUGAGCUUCAAGUUGACGUCGAACUCUAUGCACUUCUUUUUGGUGAAAGUGUCCUCAAUGAUGCUGUUGCCAUAGUGCUCUCCUCCUCAAUAGUGGCAUACCAGCCAGCUGGAGACAACAGUCACACCUUUGAUGUCACAGCCAUGUUCAAGUCUAUCGGGAUCUUCCUUGGGAUCUUCAGCGGAUCUUUUGCCAUGGGUGCUGCUACUGGAGUGGUGACAGCUUUAGUGACAAAGUUCACCAAAUUACGAGAGUUCCAGUUGCUGGAGACAGGCUUGUUCUUCCUGAUGUCCUGGAGUACCUUCCUCUUGGCUGAAGCCUGGGGUUUCACAGGUGUAGUUGCAGUGUUGUUCUGUGGCAUCACACAGGCACAUUACACGUACAAUAAUCUGUCCACGGAGUCCCAGCAUAGAACUAAACAGUUGUUUGAGCUUCUCAAUUUCUUGGCAGAGAAUUUCAUCUUCUCCUACAUGGGGCUUACACUGUUCACCUUCCAGAACCAUGUCUUUAAUCCAACAUUUGUAGUAGGAGCAUUUAUUGCUAUUUUCUUGGGAAGAGCUGCCAAUAUUUAUCCCUUGUCCCUCUUACUUAAUUUGGGUAGAAGAAGUAAGAUUGGAUCGAAUUUUCAACAUAUGAUGAUGUUUGCUGGCCUUCGUGGUGCAAUGGCAUUUGCUUUGGCUAUUCGAGAUACCGCCACUUACGCACGGCAAAUGAUGUUCAGCACCACGCUUCUGAUUGUGUUUUUUACUGUGUGGGUAUUUGGUGGUGGCACUACUGCCAUGCUGUCAUGCCUGCAUAUAAGGGUUGGUGUUGAUUCAGACCAAGAACAUUUGGGUGUUCCUGAAAGUGAAAGGAGAACCACCAAAGCCGAGAGUGCUUGGCUCUUCCGGAUAUGGUAUAACUUUGAUCAUAACUAUCUGAAGCCUCUGCUGACCCACAGUGGACCUCCUCUGACCACCACCCUCCCUGCUUGCUGUGGACCCAUCGCCAGGUGCCUAACCAGCCCCCAGGCUUACGAAAACCAGGAGCAGUUGAAGGAUGAUGAUUCCGAUCUUAUUCUCAACGAUGGCGAUAUCAGUUUGACAUACGGGGAUUCUACUGUGAACACGGAAUCAGCGACAUCCAGUGCCCCCAGGAGAUUUCUGGGGAACAGUUCUGAAGAUGCCUUGGAUCGGGAGCUUGCAUUUGGGGACCACGAAUUGGUCAUUCGGGGCACACGCCUGGUUCUUCCUAUGGAUGAUUCUGAGCCCCCGUUAAAUUUGUUAGAUAAUACGAGACACGGUCCAGCCUAAGCUUAUUAAUACUCACUUAGUGAUUUGUAAAAUUUGCACAUGUGAUUGUGAAGAAAUUUGUACUACCUAAAAAGUCCCAGUGCAUGUCUCUGAAUGUGUAAGCUAUAUAAAUGCUAUUUAUAUGGCCUAGAAAGAAUGUAACUAUCCAGUACAAGGCAGAUCGUGAACAAACUAUUCUUUUUAAGUUUUACUGGCUGCACUGUGUAGACUGGAUCUGUUUUAGAAAGUUCC